AUGACUGGAAAGACAAAUAUAAUAAAGCCCGUGAAUAUCUUUCUAAGCAAAUUGGAGAUAAAAAUGCUGAAGAGGAAUUAAUAAAAUGUGCCGAUGAGUAUGUUGUUGAUAAAGUAACAGACAAAGUAAUUGAAGAAAAGAAACGAGAUGUAAUUGACAGUAAGAAAGAUGAAAUACCAAAAACUGAAAAAGGUAAAAGCUUUUUCGGUGGUCUUUAUGAGACGGCUGCGAAACUUGGUGAUCAAAUAGAAAAUGCCCUUACAUUUGAUAAAGACAAACAUGAUGAUCAUGAGAAAGCAGAAGCUCUCAUUAUCGUUGAAGAAUCAGCCACUCCUGAAAAAUGCAAAGAAAUCGUUUCAAACCAAAAUGUUGAUGGCUGCAUUGAAUUAGGUGAUUCAGUUUGUAAUGAACUAGAUGCUCCUAAAGAUGAAAUCAUUACAACAAUUCAAAAGAAAGUUAAAAAUGAUAAACUUAAAACACCCGAGCGUAAACCAAGUCUUGAAACUGCCGUUAAUCUUGCAUACCUUAAGAAAGCCGCAUCUCA